CUUUAAAUGGAAGAAAGUCAAAUUUAAUUAAGGGUGUCAACCUUGAUUGAGGGCCGUUUGGACAUGAACAACUUUUCUUUUACUUAUCGGAUAAGUAAAAGCGGAAGUAGAAAACAACAUCUGCCUUCUCUAGUCGCAUAACUCGUGUUUUUCAGAGCAAAAUAAAAAUACAAAAAUUGAACAGAGUGGAAUUUUAUUUUCCAUAGCUUAUUUGUUAUUCAUAUUAUAUUAUGAAAUUAUGAAUAAUUGAUAUAUUAUUGUAGGUUGGGGGAGGCGCCAUGGCGUCAACGUGCCUGCUCUGUGGGCAGGGCAGGCAGCCAUCAGCUGAUGCCAGCGUUUUAACAAUCAACUGUUGUAUUUGACCAGUGCAGGAACACACUGUAGUUUGUGACCUAUUUUUGCGUGAACUAGUUAACUAAAAUGGGGAGCUGGAAGAAUCAAGUGCGUGCUCGAUUGCUACUCAGAGACCAACGAGAGAAACAUCCAUACGAAGGAGUCUUUACAAGCUUGUCUCAGUUGGAAGAAAGGUCUGAAAUUCGCCAGCAAUUUUUGGAAGAAGUCCAGUCAAACAGCUCAGAAGGUGGAGUUAAUGUGAGAUUACUUCAACUACAGCUAAGGGAGAGUGAACGUCUUGCUGAAAAGUUGUCUCAGACUGUCUCUGAUCUGACCACUGUCCUGUAUUUGAAAGACGCCGAGCUGCAGCACUGGCAGUCACGUGUAUCCCGCCACCGCCAAGAGGCCCUCACUCUGGCCAAAGGGGGCAACGCUCUGAAGGCGACCCUUUCACAACAAGAGUUCACCAUUGAGUGUCAGAAUAAAGAGCUGGCCGCCCUGCACGUGGAGCAGAAGGGACUAAAAGAAGCGCUAUCACAAGCUUGGCGUGACAAAGAGGAGCUGCUGCAGCGUUGGAUGGAGGAGAAGAAGCAAGAGGCGGCCAGGUUGAAUAAAUACAAUGAUGCACAGGAGAGGUGGCAGCGUUUGGCCAGACACUUGAGGAAGCACCUGUGUAGGGAGGUGAAAAAAGAUGGUGAGCCCAUUGCAAGCAGCCCUUGAGCACUCCUCAUUUACCUCAGCAGGCAUGUCAGCAAGACGGUAUGUCAAUAUAAUAACUUAAAAAAAAAAAAAUCUAGCACCAUGUCAGGUCAUCUGCUAGUCUAUACAGUUCACAAAUUCAACCAAUUUGGAUUUAGGUUCAUGCUUGAACUGCCUCCUGUUAAUACUUUCAUACUAUUUCAGUGUUGUGCGUGCGUUGACUUCUACCGCCUAUCGCUUUGAUUGCCUUGAUGGUGCAACCUACCUCAUCAAAGUACCUUGUUUCACCUUAUUACACACUUGAUGAUGUCACAGUUCAUUUAAAGAGCCAACUUAUUCUGUUUUUGCCAAAUAGUUGCUUCUAGCAAACCCAUCUGUUCUCCAGGUAAAGUGUGAUUCACCACGUCACUUGUCAACUUUUAGCUAAGUAACUAGAUAACGUUUAACAUUUUUAACCCCUUGGCCUGAAAAGAAAGCGGAAAACUUUUAACGUGUUUUAAAACAAAUUAUAUUUGCUAUUGAACUACUGUAUGUUCUCUGUUCUGUAGAUCGCUACUGUAUUGAGUGUUGUGGAAAUAAAGUCAGUUGCUAAUGUACAUUCUCUGUUUUGUGUAGCGUCUCUUUUGUUCAGUCAUUUUCUGUUUGAAAACAAAUCUCAGUUAAUUGUAACAGACAGUGGCAUCAGUAGUUCAUCGAAUCUUUAAUAAGUAGUCACUGGAGAUAACUGUUGUGUCCCUUUUGCAUUCCAGUUCCCCAUUUCUGUGGCAAACGGAGAUCACGUAUCACCUUGUUUGUCGGCAGCACGUUUCCAUAGUCUCCAGUGUUUUCAUGAGGUGUUAAGUUGGACUGUGUGCGUGCGUGUUGUGUGUGUGUUUGGUGAAACUCUGCAAGCUUAAAUGUGUGCCAAAAUGGUAAAAAGUGGAAAGCGGUAUUAUUCGUCAAAGGCCAAUGGUGGCAAAUGGGUAAGACACCUUUCCCCCCAUUUUGUUAAAUCAAAACUACUUUAUCCAUGUCACUUGCUAAAACUGCACAAUCCAACUGGAUCCAGUGCAAGAGUUGUUUAAAAAUGUGCUUUUACAAAGAAAAAGGCAGAAGUCUUAUUACAUCGUGCAGGUGUGCUGAUGUACUGAGUGAUUGUAUGU